AUGUUACAGAACCAAUUGCUUCAUUCUCAAAUUAAUGAGUUUUAUUUUGAAAUAGAGGAUGUUAAUAAUAUGCUUGAAGAUAACAAUGAGAUAGAAAGAAGCAGAAUAGAAUAUAUAAAAAGUUUUGUUGAAAAAAUUAAAAGCAAUAACAAUACAACAACAAUAGAUGAUAAUAAUUUUAAUGAUAUU